AUGGAGCUGGAGAGGGGUGUCUGUGCAGCCCUCCUUACCUUUGUUCAGACGCACCUCCCAGAGGCUGACCUCAGCAGCUGGGAUGAGGUCAUCUUCUGUGUGCUCGGGGUCCUUGAGGACCUGGGCCCCUCAGGCCCAUCGGAGGAGAAUUUCGAUAUGGAGGCCUUCACUGAGAUGAUGGAGGCCUAUGUGCCUAGCUUUUCCCACAUCCCAAGGGGUACAAGAGGGGAAAUGAUGCAGAGGCUCUCAGGGCAGUUGAGUGGUGCCAGGAACAAAGAGAACCUGCAACCACAGAACUCUGAGGUCCAAGGUCAGGUAUCUAUCGCCCCAGAGCCUCUGCAGCGGUUCAAAGAAGAGACGAUGUCUUCUCCGACUGCUGCUCGGGACACCCAAGAAGAGGCAUCCGGCGCUGAGGAGGAGCUGCUGCCGGGGGUGGACGUACUUCUGGAGGUGUUCCUUCCCUGUUCGGUGGAGCAGGCUCAAUGGGUGUUGGCCAGAGCUCGAGGGGACUUGGAAGAAGCUGUGCAGAUGCUGGUAGAGGGGAAGGAGGAAAGGCCUCCAGCCUGGGAUGGCCCCAACCAGGACCUGCCCAGGCGCCUCAGAGGCCCCCAAAAGGAUGAGCUGAAGUCCUUCAUCCUGCAGAAGAAGUACAUGAUGGUGGAUAGCGCAGAGGAUCAGAAGAUUCGCCGGCCUAUGGCUCCUAAGGAGGCUCCCAAGAAGCUGAUCCAGUGCAUCGACAACCAGGUAGCGAGCACCGAAGGGGAGCGAUUCAAAGAUGUGCGGGACCCUGAGGCUGAGGAAAUGAAGGCCACAUACGUCAGCCUCAAGCCAGCCAGAAAGUACCGCUUCCACGGAGGCACUCGCCAGCCUCUGCCCGAGCCAUCUGAGGAGCAGAAGUUUUUAAGCAGUGGGAAUGCUCCCAGGUGCUGUAGCCGCCAGUGUGAUGCUGACCACCACAAGAGCCAGGCCAGGCAGCAGGAUCCUGAGAAGCAAACCCAGGCAUCCUGCCACGGGGGGGUCCCCAGGGGCCGUGCUGCACUGGCCGUGCAGGUUCCCAGCCCUCGCCCCUGCGAACCUGACCUCAGGCUUAGGAGAGCAGGUCUAACUCCAGCCCCUGCUGGUGCCUGUUGGCUGCCUCACCAGAGGUGGUGCAGGUCCUCAGUGCCUGGUGCUGUGAGGCCCUGGGAAAGGGUACCUCUUACUUAA